AGAGACGGUCCCGUACCGCGGUGUGCGUUUUUAGCCCGCCAGUUUUUACUCGUGUGUCGGAUAGCGCGCCAAAAAAUAAAAAUAAAUAUAUAUAACAUUAUAAUGUAUAAAUAAUUUUUUUAUAAAUAUAUUUGAAAGAAAAAAAAACCGGAACAGUGUCGCUCGCACCGGAUAGCGUUUUGUGACUGUUUUUUGUGGUUUUUAAGUGGAAAAUUUUGGUGUUUUUUUUUUUUUUUUAAUUUCCAGUGUCUCUUACCGGAGACGGACGACGGUUUUCAACGUCUCGGUUCGGACCAACGCCGUUUUGUGUGAUUAUAUAUUAUGACAACGGGACGGGCAUAGCAAAUCGAGAUGACUCUGCCGUCAUCACGUAACCGACCCUUGUGCGCCUUUGCCGCUCUCCUGUUGUGCGCAUUGUGUGUCGCGGUAGACGGUUUCAAUGUAGACGUCAAAAACUGUAUAAGGCACCGCGGGCCCGAAGGGUCUAUGUUCGGUUUUAGCGUGGCCCAGCACAAGGAAAGAGGACGGUCGUGGCUGCUCAUAGGAGCUCCGGAGGCGCAAACCGAUCAACCCGGCGUGGAAAAAGGCGGCGCCGUAUACAAAUGUGGCACAGCCAGGGAAAACGACUGCGAGGAAGUUCCAUUCGACACCAGAGGAAACAAUAACUCGACCAGAUCAAUACAAAUAGACAAGAAGUCACGUCAAUGGUUUGGAGCCACGGUUAGCAGUUCGGGAGACAAUGGAGUCGUUCUGGCGUGCGCACCGAGAUACGUUUACUUCACUAGCACCGGGAGCCGGAGAGAUCCUGUGGGAACUUGUUACACCACCAGAGACUUCAACGACUUCUCCGAAUACUCGCCGUGCAGGACAAGGAAUUGGGGUCACCACAAACAGGGUACUUGCCAAGCCGGACUCGGGGCAUCUGUUUCCAAGGACGGUCGACGUUUGUUCAUCGGUGCCGUGGGCAGUUGGUACUGGCAAGGACAAUUGUAUUCGGUCGACUCGAGAGCUCGACUACCGUUUAUACCAGCCAUACAGUAUGUGUUCAACGAUUUGGACGAAGGUCAGGUUUAUUCGCAGAGUCUGUACAGUCGUCCGGAAGUGCUUUCCACCAACGAAGGACCUCCGACCGACGAUGAUUCUUACCUGGGCUAUUCGGUGGCAGUGGGCACUUUCGGGGCAAAUUCUGAAUCCGGUUCAGCCGUGGGCAUGCCCAGAGGAGAAGGUCUCUUGGGAAAAGUUCUGUUGUAUUCGACCAAUCUCACUAAUCUCUACAACAUCACUGGCGAUCAGAUGGGCGCUUACUUCGGCUACUCGAUUUGCGUGUCCGACGUGGACGGCGACGGCGGCGAUGACAUCAUCGUGGGGGCGCCUCUGUACAGCGAGUUCACCAAAAACGACGGGUCUUACGAGACGGGCAGAGUGUACGUUUACUUGAAACAAGAGGGUUACAGGUUUUACGAACGAAACACGAGAAUAGGUUUUAACUCAAAAUCUCGUUUCGGACUGGCCCUGGCCACACUGGGAGACAUCAACCGUGACGGAUUCGGUGAUUUCGCCGUCGGAGCGCCUUACGACGGUCCCAACGAACUCGGAGCCGUGUACAUCUACCACGGUACCAGAAGUGGUGUGCGGGAGAAGUAUUCGCAAGUGAUCCGGUCGGAGGACGUGUCGUACGGACGGCCCGUGUCGACAUUUGGAUUCUCGCUGGCCGGCGGCAUCGACUUGGACAACAAUCAGUAUCCCGACCUGAUAGUCGGCGCUUACGAAUCGGAUACGGUGUACUACAUGAAGUCCCGGCCGGUGGCGCAGAUGGCCAACACUGUCAACUUCAUGUCGGCCAGCAAACAGAUAUCUCUGGAGAAGAAGGAAUGCACCACCAGGGACGGCAGUGCGGUGCCCUGUCUGUUCCUGAACACGUGUCUCCAGUACACCGGAAUCGGCGUGGACGACCAAAUGAACAUCGAGCUUCAGCUGGUGUUGGACGCCAAGAAGCCCAAAGCCCCCAGGAUGUUCUUCUUGUUCGAGGAGAACAGGAACGUGUUGAACCACAGCUUGACCCUGGACAAAAACGUACAGUCUUGCAAACGAUUCAACGUGUACUUGAUGAACAACGUCAGGGACAAGCUGACGCCGUUGGAAGCUGAGCUCCGGUACAGGAUCAUCGAGGACACUAGAAAAUUCACCAGGACCAGUCUGACGCCGGUCAUAGAUCUCGACAACGAACUGUUCGCCGUGUCCAGGGACUCGAUCAUCAUACAGAAGAACUGUGGCGACGACAACGUCUGCAUACCGGAUCUGCGUCUGAUCGCCAAACCGAACGUCGAUUCGUUCUUGCUCGGAUCCAGCGACAAGUUAAAGGUGGAAGUGAUCGUCCAGAACGAAGGCGAGGAUUCGUUCGAGACGUCGUUCGACAUGACCGUGCCGCAAGGGAUAAACUUUGUCAAGAUCGAAAGGGUGGACGACAACGAAAACGAAAUUCCCGUCCAGUGUUCGGCCCCGUCCGUCGCCACCAACCACACGUUGCACUGCGACAUCGGAAACCCGCUGCCCCGGUCCAGAUACGUCCAGUUCAGAGUGGUCUUGGAACCGUACCAGACGACCGAGACCAAAGCCAGGUACGACUUCCAAAUGGCGGUGAACAGCACCAACCCCGAAAAUCCGGAUUCCGUGUCGGACAACACCAAGUACUUGGGCGUACCGCUGUGGGUAGAGACUGACCUGAUCGUGGAAGGCUCGUCGAAACCUGUAGACGUUCACUACAACACCACCGUUGAGGACACCGUGGACGUUACCGAGGAAAAGCAAAUCGGACCGCAGGUGAUACACUUGUACGGCAUAAGGAACAAAGGACCUUCGGACAUUUUGGAAGCCGAAGCUUACAUCGAUUGGCCGUUGUUCACUUUGGCAGGCGAGCCCUUGCUGUAUCUGCUAGAAAUGCCAGAGACCAACGGUCCAGUGAAAUGCGAGGCAAUCGAAGAGAUUAAUCCGCUAAAAAUAAAGAUCGAUCGCUCCAGGAAAUCGUACUUCGAGUCCAGCGGCUUGAUCUCCAGCGGAGCGGCCGCGGCUACUACUUUCAAGGGCCAGAGUUCCGGUUCCGUUUCAUCUGGUUCCGGUUCGACCGGCACCAAAGUGGUGACGGAGCUUACCGAAGAAGAAAAGAGACGUUUGUGGGAGAUACAAAGGAAAGACGAAGAAGCGGCCAAAACCGAAUACGGCGAAGGGUCUUACGUGCAGAACACGAGGUUCAACACAGGUGGAACGGCGUCAGUUGGAGGCCAAAGAGGAGUAGUCGAAGGGUCCAAAGUGGACGUUAACCGAGGUUCUUCCGGUUCGAGUCACAGCGUAUACGAGUCCAGCGGCAGUUCGGUUUACACGGAGACAUCUCAAACGGGCGGCCAAGGUGUCGUCCAGUCCGGCGGUCAGAGUGUCCAGUCCGGUUCUUCGGACUUUGGAGUAGGCGGUGGUCACACCGCGGUCGGGUCUUCCGGCGUCGUCACGCAAUACGGCGCAUACGGCGCGGCGCACUUUGGCGGAACGGCAACGUCGGGCGGUGGGACGGCAACGUCGGGCGGCAAGACUUGGGACACGUCCGGGUCGAGUCUGAACUCGGCGUCCGGCGGUCAGGGCGUUUACGGCAAGGGUUGGGAAUCAGCGGCGGCGGCUUCGUCGUCCGGCGGCAGCGCAAUAGACUCGUCGGCCGCCCACUCGGGCGUCCGGACGCAGCAAGAGCAAUGGGAGUACGAAAACCGCGGCAAAGGCGUCCAAGGUGGUGGCGGAUGGACCCGGGACGGCGGCAACUGGGGCGCGGCCGGCGGCAAGAACUUCUCCACGUUUCACGAGACGCAGAAGAGCGUCGUGACCAACACCACUUGGGGCGACGGCGACGCGGCCAAGACUUACGUACAGAACAACUGGAGGACCAACGACGACGGUUACGUGCGCAACGGCAGUUCUGUUCGCGUCGAAAGCGGCGCGAUCGACUACAACGAUGCGCUCAACAGAAUCAACAAGGCCGGCGGCGGCGGCGGCGGCAGCGGUGUGACCAACGUGGUCACCAGCAUACCCGGCGACGACAGCGACUUGUCCCUAAGCUUGAGCACCGUCGACGAACAGCACAGCAACAAGGGAUUCAAACAGUCCAAGGUGGACGAGACCGAGACGGUGCAGCGGUGGCGGACGGUCGACGGCAAGCUGUACAAGGUGAACAACGUGGACGACUGGCGUUCGUUGAUAACGAAAGACGACGCGUCCACGCAAGUGUACGACGCGCAAUUGUACGACCCGCAAAACCUGAGGAAACCGCCGACCAACCCCGGCGGCCAGGACGUGGACGGCAAGUUCAAGUUGUACACCAGGUUCAAAAGGGAAGCGUCCCAGGUGAAGCAGUGCGGCCCCACCAGGUGCGCGACGGUCAAGUGCAAGAUAGGGCCGCUGUCCAAGGACCAAGAGGUGUGGCUGUCGUUCCGGUCCAGGGCUUGGGUGAACACGCUGAAAAAGGUGGCGCUCAACCGGCCGGUGACGUUGAGCUCGACCAUAUCGUCGAGGGUGACCAAACUUCCUUACAUCGGCAAGCCGGACAACCAGCUGGCCCAGGUCAGAAGCCACGAAGUGUUCACGCAAGUCGUCCCGCGGGACCUCGGCGUCAAGCCGGACAUCAUCCCACUGUGGAUCGUCGUCUUGGCGGCCGUCGCCGGCACCGCCAUACUGUUGUUGCUGGUGUACCUGCUGUACAAGUGCGGUUUCUUCAAACGCAAUCGGCCGUCAAACGCUCCGGAAAAACAACCGCUGACCCACAGGAACGGGCAAUCGGAACUCUAUCAAACCGGCGACGAAGCUCUGUAAAAGCGAACCGUUACAAAGUAUUUUAGACGUUUAGAUAAUAAAAGUUUAAUUAAUUGCCAAACAUAUUAAAACCACCUAACUAAUAUUUUAAUUUGUUACACGAUUAUUAUGAUUUUUUUUGUAAAUAUUUAUUAAUUUAUUAUUAUUUUAUAUUACGAAUGUACUUUGUCCGUAAUAAUAUUAUGUACAUAGAUCGUAUCGAUAUUAUUAUAAUGAUAUACAUUUGUUUUUUUUUUCUUUUGUUCGUUCGAUCGCAGAACAAGUGUAAAUUACACGUAUUUAUCACAAAAAUAUGUAAAUUAAAAUAUUAUUUAAUGAAUUAACAGCUGUACUUAGGUAAUACUUGGAAGUACUUAUUAUUUUACAGAAACCAAUUAUUAAUGUAUUUGUAUUUUAACGCUC